AAAAAUGACGUCGAAAACUAUAGAAGACAUCCACAUAUCGUUGCUGAACAAACUGCUGUCGGAUUCAGGGCUGGAAUGCAUCAGGUCUGCACCAGAGUCGAUGGAGUCCUCCUCCAUCACUGGAGAGAUGGAGGAGCAAGGACCAGCCGAAGUAGCAGAAGAAGCCGCGCCUGAAGUGGAAGCGGUAGAAGAAGAGAAAGAACAGAUAAUAGAAGAAAUAAUAGAAGAACUACCCGAAAUAUUCCCAACUCCAUCCUUACGCCGCGUCUUACCUGAUCGAAUCAGAAAGAUAGAAGAACAUAAUAGGAUUCACGUGCUUCCAGAAGAAUUUAGGACAGAUAUAGAUCCGCAGUGGAUACCGAAGAUCAACGUGACAGCCCCACAGAAGUACAUAGAUACCCUGGCUGAGAUUACAGGCUGUAUGAAGUAUAAAAGCAGUUUGGCAGAGUACUGGUUUUUGGACACGCUGGCAAAUCUGCUUAGGAGGGCGCAGGAGGAUGAGCUGAACAGACCGACUCAAGCUGUGCUGAUUCUAUGGUUCUGCGAAUGGAUGAAAGAAAUGCAGCACUUCGACGCAGCAGACCGACAGCGCAUGCUACGAAGGUUUCAGGACAACAUGCUGUCAGCCGCCCGCUUCAUAGCAGAAGAACAGCGUCUCCCCACUCCAACCGAAGCCGGGGUCUUCUACAAGGCCACAGAGGAGCUGCCCGAGGGUCAGGAGCCUCCCACGGUGCCAGCACCUGGAGAGUCCAAGCACCUGGUCACGUUUGAAGGGGCAGCGUACGAGUGCUCGCUGAGGGAUCUUACCAAGAUCAUUCAUUAUAUUUUUGACCUCUUCAGCACAGACUACCAAUACAACCUGGUCCGUUCCAUCUUCACGUUUCCCCCGGAGUAUGUCCUGAUAGACGCCCCCUUCCCGAUCCAGAACCCUAAGCGUUUGUACGCGCCUCUGAAGAUCAAGCCAAAGAAAGAGAAAUCUCCAAAGAAGGAUGCUAAGCCGGCUGGCAAGGGGAAGAAGAAGGAGGUCGAUACGGAGGAGUAUUUGGCUUUGCUAGAGCUUAUAGCCAGAGACGAGCGCGAGCAAGAGGAGCAAGAGGAAAGAGACAGAGAAGACUGGAACCGACGCAGUCACAUCCUGCCGCUGAACUUCGCGGCGACUGACGAAUUCUUCGACAAGUACUGGCCGCCGCCGCCGCCCGAGCCCGAGCCAGAGCCCGAGCCCGAGCCCAAGGGGAAGGGGAAAGGGAAGAAGAAGUGA